AUGGCUUUAUGUAAUUUAUCAACAAUCCAUGAUGAAACGUCAGGAUAUUUAACAAAUAUCCUUAAAACAUUACAAAAACAUGUUGAUAUUAAUGAUGGAAAAUUAUCAAAUUUUUUUUAUAAAUAUAAUUUAAUUAAAAACUCUUAUGGUCUCGAUCGUCGUCAUUGUCAAAAAGAUUGGAAUGAACAAUCAGGGGCUAUUCGAGCGAAAAUUCAACAAGCUAUUUUAGAUAUGCCGGAACAUGAUGAAAUCAAAAGAUUACUUGACUCUUCAUAUUUGGAUUAUUUUUGUUGUCUAAAAAUUGUUGAAAUAUUAAAGGAAACAGAAAAAGAAAGUAACAAUAUGCUUGGAAUGUAUUUAUCACAACGAAUGAAAGAUUGGCGAAUAAUUAUUUCAAACUAUAAAAAGAAUUCUGUUUAUCUUGUUUUGUUCUAUCUAAAGAAAAAAAGAAUAAAAUUUGUUUGUUAA